AAACCUACAGCUACUGGUGCUCACUUGGCGUAACCGGACCGACACCGUUACCAUUCUAUGGCAAUCUAUUGAACUAUUUUCCCAAACCAUUACAUAUUAAGACACUGGAGUGGUCAGAAAAAUAUGGACCAAUUUUCGGAGUUUACCGAUACGAUCGGCCGGAACUGAUGCUAAGCGAUGCCGAACUGGUCAAAGAGGUAAUGAUAGCCAAGUUUAACGCCUUCCGCAAUAGACGGCCACUCGGCGGCCAAUACAAGAAAGUGCUGACCGAAGGUCUGCUUAAUCUACGGGACGACGAGUGGCGCCAAAUGCGAGCCAUACUGUCGCCGGCAUUCACUACAAACCGUUUGCGUCAAUGGCUACCAGUGCUCAACCAGUGUUGCGACGAUUUUCUGGAUCGAUCGCUGAAGCCGAUGGCCGACCAGUCUAUGGACGUACCGUUGAACGAUGUGGCCAGAGAUGUGGCACUGGAUAUGAUUAUGCGUACGGCGUUCAGUAAGCGUGUGGACGGUCUGUACGAUACGCCGAAAGCCCGGUUCGCCACAACAGCCUAUCGGGUACCGCAGGUCAACAUUGUCCGGCAGYUGCUUACGGCAGUGGCGCCCAGUUUGGCGCCCAAAUUGUUUGUCGUUAAACAAUAUUUGCUGGCACUGGUAGGCAAAGUACCCGACUUUUAUUUUGCACACGUAUUUACCGAAAUCAUACAGGAGCGUAUGGCCAGCCAGAAACAGUGUACCGAUUUGCUACAAGUGCUGAUUGAUUGGCGAGAAAAUACAAACACCGAUAAUAAACUUAGCGACGAUAGUAUGUCAUCAUCGGCGACGACGUCCAGGGUUUCGGCGCCAACCGGUGUUGUUGGCCGUCGGCUAACCUUCGAGGAGAUCUAUAGCCAGUGUUUUGUCUUUUUUUUCGGCAAUAUUGUCUCCCAGACAUCAAACAUUGCGUUCAUACUGUACGAGUUGGCCGUAAAUACCAAAGUACAGGAUAGGCUCAGACGGGAAACACGCAAAUUGAUUGCUAAUAAUCAUAAGGACGUGGACUACGAAGCACUGGUCAAACACCGAUAUCUGGACGCCUGUAUAGCCGAAGCAUUGCGCAAAUACUGUGURUCGGCCAUAUCGCGUGUGGCCACCGAAGACACCCAAUUAGGCGAUCGGGCCAUCGAAAAGGGUACCGUAAUUGAUAUACAACUCUACGCUAUGCAUCACAACGAACACUAUUUCCCGGAUCCCGACCGUUACAAUCCCGACCGGUUUCUCGUCGAUGAUCUGGUCAAACCCUAUACAUACCUGGCCUUUGGUGCCGGUCCGCGCAAUUGUAUUGCCCAACGGGUGGCACUGUUGCAGAUCAAAGUACUGAUCGUACGAGUGGUACAAACCUAUCGAUUGGUUCGGGUUUCCAGGACUACGGUUCCCGUUGUUAUGAAGUCUAAUCUCGAAGAACUUCAUACGGAAGAGUUGUUUAUAGGUUUAGAAAAAAUAUAA